AUGGCGUUCUACACGGACAACGAUUCAGUCAUAUGCAGAGCCUUCUCCUUGUCACUCAAGGACGAGGCUUUGGAAUGGUACAACAUUCUUCCCCCAAGCUCAGUAGAUUGCUUCGCCACCGUGGAAACCCCCUUUAGAAGGCAAUAUGCCUCCAAUCGAAAACAGGAGAGUACACCGGCAAAAUUGGUAAAUACUAAAGAGGAGAAGGGGAAAAUUUUGAAGGCCUUUUUGAAAAGGUAUACUAAAACCUCACGACGAGUUAAAGAUAUUAAUCACUCUUUUAUCAUCAACAAUUUGCCUUCAUGCCUAAGACUAGGAUAUUUUACUGAAAAAUUGUAUGCACAACAACCAAAAACUAUGGAAGAACUCCAAAAAAGAGCAGUUGAGGAUAUGCAAAUUUCACAAAGAAAGCAACAACAAGAAGUUGAUGUAAGCAGAAAUAGAAAGGACAGCAGACUAUCGUUCAAUGACGACAACAAGGGAGGAGGUUCUCGACCAAAAUACUUCCCCCUAAUGCCUAAGUUUGAUCAUUACACAACUGUUAAUGCACCCAGGGCAAAAAUCCUUGAGGAAGCUCUUAGCGCUGAACUUCUUUCAGUCAAAAAGCUUCAUUCACCUAAAAAUGUUGAUGAUGGAAAGCACUGUCAAUACCAUCAAAACCUAGGGCAUAUAGUAGAGACCAAACAGUUAACAUUUAGGACUGUUCGGUCCAUCCACUACAGCAAAAAUGGUAAACCAGGUCAAAAUGAUUUUAUUGAUGUUUGGCCAUAA